UGAACGCGUCCAUGCUCUCGUGUCUAUCUUGUUCUUGCUCUUGCUGUUUGUCUCUGCCUCUCCUGUGGUGGUGGAGGCUGCAGUGUGUGCCUGCUUGUGGCUGCUUGUUAGUGGGUUAGGUGUGCACACAGCAGACUAUGCUGAGAGAGAGGCUGUGCUUGACUCUGGCCUGUUUUGUCUCUUGUAGGGCGUGGGCGGCUACCGAAGCGGCGUGGCCCUGGGGCUGAUGGCGCAAGCCAUGUCCCGCCUGUACAUGACCCACGCAGGAGCAGCAGCACCUGGCGAGGCUCCCGACCUCUCGCCCUUCUCCACAGAGCCACCUGCCCACCACGUGCCCCACAGCUGCAAGUUCUGCGGCAAGCUGUGCGACACGCCUUCGCAGCUGGCCAUCCACCUGAGGGCGCACACGGGAGAGAGGCCUUUUUGCUGUCCGCACUGCGACUAUCGGGCCACGCAGAAGCACCACGUAAAGAGCCACCUGCAGAGAAGACACAAAGAGCUCGCCCAGGACCCCGAGGCUCACCUCGCCGCGCAGCCUAGGUUAUAAGUGCCAGGUUGGGUGGAGGAAACUAGUCGCAGAUUAGCCUUGGGGGGCCACUGACUUUGCACAGUAGGGACACGAGGCUGGUAGCAGGAGCAGCAGCAGCAGCAGCGUGGUGGUGAUGUUCCUUCUCUCUGUUCUAGGUGGGUCCUGGAGGCGGUGUUUGGUCACACGGCCUAGUUCCUGCCAACCCUCCAGCCUCCAGGC